AAAUUGAAUUUUCGAUGGAGGUAAAGUGAAAUUGAAAUGCGGUGGAGAUUGUUCCAUGGAUGGGAAGUCUAACCUUCCGAUCAAGUCUGAUUCUUCUUCCCCACCGGACUUCCUCCGCCACGUUCAAGCCGCCUUGAAGCGUCACCGUCCUCUCGGUACAGGGCAAUCCAAUAUCAUUAGGCCAAGACGCACGAUUCUUCGUCAACCAACACAUGAUUUGAUCUCAAACACAAACAUUGAUUCACCUGAAACUAGCACUGUUAUUGCUCCUUCUCAAUAUGCAAAUGUUCCCAAUAAAGUUCCACAGGGGGCCAGUGAUGAAAAGGCCAUUGAGUUGGAGAAUUUAUCUUCUUAUAUGAGUUCACUUGGAUUCACAGAAAUGGAGUAUAUAGAAGGAAACCGAGCGGAAGCUUCGAUUGGAUUACAGGAUGAUUUAAAGCAACCCAAAAUUCAGCAGGUUGAGCCUGAUUUCAGUUUGAGAUCCGAUGGGGGAAUGAGUUGCUCUAUGUUGCCGAGGAGAGCUACGGUUACACGGGAUGAUUUACAGCAGUUUAGGAACUUUCUAAGUCAGCCAGCGACACAGUCUUCGGUUGUGGGACCUUCAUGUGCGACAACUACCUCGGUUCAUUCAACUUCAGCUCCCAUGAUGAAUUCAACAACCCGUUUGCAUCUAGAUAGUGGCUCGCGCGUGGGUGCUGAACCUUUGGGAGAGAUUGGUGUUUAUCCUAUAGCUGAAAGAGUUAUGGAAUCAGAAAAUACAGAAGCUUCUGGUGAAAAAGACAAUAAAAUGUCAGUUGAUAAGGCUGCAACUGCGGUGCAAGCUUCUGAUUCUUGUGUCGGUGCCGAGUUGGCAUCUAAAGAGAGUGAUCAAUCAAAGAAGCACCAAGAAUGCAUGUUAAAAGAAACUGGCAAUUUGAAAUAUGCUUCUUCUGAUGUUGACAAGUUAACCGACGGGAAAGAGCCUGUAGAUGUUGCCCACGUACGGUGUCAGGCUCCAGUGCCCAAAACAUCAUUUUUGGAUGUGAAAUCUGAAUAUUCUAAGUUAGAAAAACCAGAGAAGGCUGCAAGUAGUAAAGGUUCAUCGGUCUCUAAGAAAAGGUCUUAUGAUCCUGAUUUAUUUUUCAAGGUUAAUGGAAAGCUUUAUCAACGUCUUGGCAAGAUAGGUAGUGGUGGAAGCAGUGAGGUGCACAAGGUGAUUUCAUCAGAUUGUAGGAUAUAUGCACUUAAGAAGAUCAAACUCAGGGGUCGUGAUUAUGCUACUGCUUUUGGAUUUUGUCAAGAGAUCGAAUAUCUAAAUAGGCUGAGAGGAAAGGAUAAUAUCAUACAGCUUAUAGAUUAUGAGGUUACUGACAAGGCUUUGCUUGAACAAGUCAUGAAAGGCUCUCUUAGUAAUAAGGAUGGCCGAGUCAAGGAUGAUGGAUAUAUAUACAUGGUACUUGAAUAUGGCGAAAUUGAUUUAGCUCACAUGUUGUCCCAGAAGUGGAAGGAGUUGGAUGGAUCCAACGAGACCAUAAAUGAGAACUGGCUUCGAUUUUACUGGCAGCAAAUUCUUCAAGCUGUCAAUACUAUUCACGAGGAACGUAUUGUGCACUCUGACUUGAAGCCUGCUAACUUCCUCCUCGUCAAGGGUUCCCUAAAACUGAUUGAUUUUGGUAUAGCCAAAGCAAUAAUGAGCGAUACUACUAAUAUCCAACGAGAAUCACAGGUUGGUACUCUGAGUUACAUGUCUCCGGAAGCAUUUAUGUGUAAUGAGACUGAUGCGAACGGAAACAUCAUCAAGUGUGGUCGGCCGUCAGAUAUCUGGUCUUUGGGAUGCAUCCUUUAUCAAAUGGUAUAUGGGAGAACCCCCUUUUCAGAAUACAAGACAUUUUGGGCCAAAUUUAAAGUUAUAACAGAUCCAAAUCAUGAAAUUAAGUAUGAACCACUUUCAAAUCCAUGGCUAGUAGAUCUUAUGAAGAGGUGUCUAGCAUGGGAUCGCAAUCAAAGGUGGAGAAUUCCUCAGUUACUCCAACAUCCUUUUCUUGCACCUCAUGUACUGCCUCAUCCAACUUUGUCCCAAGACAGCAGCAGCUGUAAAUUUGUACAACUUAUUGCUGAAACUUGUACAUAUGACCCUGAAGCAUCCAAACUUUGUCAGCAGCUCCAACGUCUUCUUGUUGACCCAAUUGAGUUAACGACUCACUCACUAAACUCACGAGAUCAACAAAGAACAUUGUUGUCCCAAAUGUCUGAUCUCUGUAUUCAGCUGCGGGAACGUUUGAUAGAUACUGAUGUCAAAUAUUAGGUGGCUGGCUAUUCAUUUUUUUGGGUUUUUUGUGUAAUAUGUUUUUACAUUGUUUAGAAUAGGUUAGUGUGUAGCUAAUGAAUCGAUAUAGUACAUAUUUUGUAUAAACUGUAAGUGGAAGAAACAGUUUUAGUGAUUGUGUUUAAAAAAGCAAAA